AUGUCCUUUUGGUCAUACUUGAACCCAUUCAAGUUCUACAAUAACAAUGCAGAUACACCUCAAAAGAAACUUGUACAAUACGAAUUGAAAGAAGGUGUAUCAUGGGACUAUAAAGAGAUACUGAAGAAUCCAAAUAUGAAGUUGUUCUAUGGUACACCGAGAGCGAUACCUUUGGGUCAAUCGAUUGACUGCCCUGCAAUGGAGGGCACAGAUCUAUAUGGUAACAAGAUCAAGUAUCCACUGAUAGACAUGCCACCAAACACUCCAAUGUUGAUGUGCGUCACUUUGAAGCCAUUCUUUGGUCAGAGCUUCAUCGACAGUUGGGUCGAACCAUUCAAACAGAGAUAUCCAUCACUAUCCAUCCAUCACGUCGUACUCAUACAACAGACUGGCUACAAAAUAUUAGCACCUCUAUUCAAGAAAUCAAGACAAUCCAAGUCACAAGGUAUCACAGAGUCAUGGUGUAAUCAACAGAUGCAUAUUAGAGACGUCAACCAGAUUCAUCAAACAUUGACUAUUAGUAAUCCAUUGGGAGCAUACUUUUAUCUUAUUAUGGAUGGAAAGAUUAGAUGGAAGUCAUCGGGCAAGGCUACGCCAGAAGAGAUUGAUUCACUUCUAAAGGUCACAAACACAUUGAUGACAACUCCAUCACCAUUGGCACAGGGUCCAGGCGCCAAUAAAAAGCAACAACAACAGCAACAACAACAGUUGCAAUAA